UUCCUCUCUAGUUCCUGACAUUGUGCGUGACAUCCCAUCCACGCUGCUACUCUGACUGCCAGCACUUGGCCCUCCUUGCACUAUUGUGUCGGGUCAGCCUGGACAGGAAUCUGCGGAAACAGCCCCUGAUGGAUCUCCAGCAACUGCUGCUGGUCCUGCUCGAAGGCAUUGAGGAGUGGCAGGAAAAGCUGCCAGAAUUAUGCAGGUCUCUUUGCCACGUCUCCCAGCAUCAUCACAACUUGGUGGCUGUCGUGCGUUGCUUUCCAGAUGCCACAGCUAGAGGACGGCAACUACGCAGAAACCUUAGCCUCUGCUUCAUUAUGAAGCUGCUUGGAAAGAUGCCGAUGGUCACAAACUCCUGGCAAGAAGAGAUCCAGCUGAAGCAGCUUUGCAAUCUCCUUCCCCUCAUGAAACCCCGCUGCCUGAAGCAGGCCCUACAGAAGGCCCAGAAGCUUCAGGAGGAGCCAGCAAAAGGCCAACAAGAGGCACUAACUGAUCUUGAUCAUGAGGCCUGUUACCUUUGCUAUAACCUCUUGGUACUAGCCAACAUGGUUGUGGGAACCAAGCAUGUAUCUCCAAGAGAGUGGGGCCAUCUCCAGCAGCUUUGCAUCCAGCUGCAGCAGCAUAUCAGCAGUAGCAUCCGGGAGGACCCCAGUCUCAUAUACCGGACUAUGCUCAAGAACUUGGCUGCCCAAACCUACAUCAAGUGGCAGGAAUUGCUGCCACUGGGCUGGCUCCAGUUAAUCUCCUAGCAGGGCCAGAAUGAUCAGGUUUAAUGAGACAUCCCCAGGAACUAAAGAUUUUGCCAGAAGGAACAGCCUCACAGAACCCAGAAAAGCAAUUAGUAGAAUGAAGUGGGGGCAGAGACAAUUCAGUCUCCCCCACAGCCACUAAUAAAAGCCUUGUUCUUUUA